UGAACCUUUAAAAAGGGACCUCUGCAUCCUCCUCGAUUCUCACCGCAAUCUCUCUCUCCACGAGCUCCGAGGGGCGCUUCCGUAAAAACAUCCACCAAGGAUUCAAGAUGCAGAAUGAAGAGGGUCAGAACAUGGAUCUUUAUAUUCCCAGAAAAUGUUCCGCAACAAAUAGGCUAAUUACUGCCAAGGACCAUGCCUCGGUCCAGGUUAACCUUGGGCAUUUGGAUGAGAGGGGUAUUUUUACCGGCACCUUCUCUACUUUUGCUCUUUGCGGUUACAUCCGUGCUCAGGGAGAUGCGGACAGUGCUCUAGAUCGGUUGUGGCAGAAGAAGAAAGUUGAAGUCCGACAGCAGUAGAUAGAGAUUCUGGGUUUUCUCUGGAUUUCAAGUAUUGCCUGAGGUGUAUCGAUGUUGCAGUAAUGGUGUUAUGAAACCCCUUUGGCCUUUCUCUAUCAGCAGCCGUGAAUCCAUCGUAGUUGGCAAUUAGACAGUAUUCGGAGAAUUUUGACAUGAAUCCAUCGUAUCAUGAGAUGAUCUCACCAUACUGAGCAUUGUUUGAUAUCAAGAUUUUGGGUUGAGUAUGAGCUAAUUGUGGGUUGACUUCGAGCUAA